GAUGAGAAGAGAACAGGCCUUGCUUUAGACCGCAUGCGCGACAAUGCUCGCGCCUAUGAGUAUCUUUGCCACCUCGAAGAAACCCGACAAUGGAUGGGUGCCAUCUUUGACGACGAACUGCCUCCAGCCGAUGAGCUGAGCCACCGCUUCGCCAACGGUGUCGUCCUGGCCAAGCUCGCAGCUGCCAUCUGUGAAAAGGGCAACCUGACCCGGCGCAUACGCAUUUUCGACCGUUCCGAAGAAACAUACCAUGAACAAGGUCUCAACUUUCGACAUGCUGAUAACACGCUCCGCUUCCUGCAAACCCUGAAGGAUCUCAAAUUUCCAGAGACCUGGCAACCCGAAAUUACCGAUGUGUAUGAUCGGAAGAACAUUCCCAAACUCGUUUACUGUCUUCAUGCCCUCAGCCUCUUUUUGUUUGAAAUGGGCCUGGCCCCCGCGAUGCCGGACCUGAUGGGCGUGGCCGAGUUCUCUGACGAACAACUGCAAGCAGCGGAUAAAGAAAUCGAGCAGGCCGGCCCUCGCAUGCCUUCUUUCGGCAAGCUGGGA